AUGGCGGUCUCAAAGCGAAAACAAGAAGUCAAACCUCUUGGUAACGAUACCAAGAAAGUUAAGCUAUCCAAGGAAUCUGGGAAAGGUUUCUCUAAUCAAAAGAAGAUGAGAAAGAACCUAGUGGAGGAUAGCGACGAUGAUGAGGGGGAGGAAGAGUACCAGGGCGGUAGUGAUAUCGAAAUGGAAGAUGUAGAGGAGGCAGGAUUCAAGGGAACUGCUCCAAAUCAGAGUAAUGCUCAGAAUAACAAUGCCAACGGCGGAAAUACCAACUCAAACAAAUCUCGGGAAUCACACGCCGCCCAAAAGAAACUUGCCAACGAACGUAAAUUUGCCAAACCAAAUGCCGACGUCAUCCAUCGUUCUAAAAAGAUCUGGGAACGCCUCCGCCGAAAGUCUCACGUCCCGCUCGAUGAACGCAAACAACUCACCGACGAACUAUUCACUAUUGUCACCGGACGUGUCAAAGAACUGGUAUUUAAGCACGAUGCCAGCCGUGUGAUCCAGACAGCUGUGAAAUACGGUAGCUCAGAGCGACGACAAGAUAUUGCAAAGGAAUUGAAGGGCGAGUAUGUGCAAUUAGCCGAGAGCGCGUACGGGAAGUACUUGGUUGUCAAAUUGAUGCACUAUGGAAAUACAAAGACGAGGGAGAUGAUCAUUGGGGAGUUUUAUGGCCAUGUCAGGCGGAUGGUGAAACAUAAGGAAGCUUGUUAUGUGGUUGACGAUGCAUUCCGGGAAUACGCUACUCCUAAGCAAAAGGCAUCGCUUAUCAGAGAGUUUUAUGGAGUAGAAUAUGCGAUUUUUAAGGAUGACUCAAAAAAUGCUUCGUUAAAAUCGCUAUUAGAGGAGAAUCCUGAAAAGAGACCCCUUAUUAUGAAGAGUUUGUUCGAAUUGAUCAACCAAAUGGUUGAGAAGAACAUGUCUGUCUUGCAAAUUCUUCAUAAAGCAAUGCUGGAAUAUAUUCUCAACGUCAGACCGGAGACAAGCGAAGCGGCAGAUCUCAUUGAGCUUAUCAAAGAGCACCUUGGAAACAUUGCUUUUUCGAAAGAUGGCGCACAGGUUAUUAUGAGGUGCUUUGCUUGGGGUUCGGCAAAGGAUCGAAAGGUUAUGUUGAAGAACUUGAAGCCGAGUAUCCAGGAACUUUAUGCGGAUGAGCAUGGGCACAUGGUCCUGCUAGCGAUAUUUGAUGUUGUCGACGAUACCGUGCUAGUGAGCAAAACAGUUUUCCCAGAGAUCCAGACCAAGUUAGAUGAAGGGAGCGCAGCAACUCACGCGAUUGCAAGAAUACCACUUCUCUACCCAUUACUGGGGAGAGAAACGAAGUUAAUGCACCCACAGAAAAUCGAGCUACUGGCGGAAAUUGAUACGAUCCGGGCUCAGACAAGUAAGAAAGACCCCAAGAUCCGACAGCAAGAGCUUAGGAAAGCGUUGAGCCCGGCUCUCUUGAAAUCAGUAGCUACAAAUGCUGCCGAUCUAGCGACGACUCCACUUGGAUGCCAGUUUGCAUCUGAAGUUAUCAUCUUUGCGGAGGGCGAUAAGGCUGCGGCUGCAGAAGCUAUUGCUACAUUCGCAGAAGGAGAAGAUGCCCUCGAGAACAAGGACCUUGGCAGGAUGUUGAAGAAUCUAGUCCAAGAAGGAUUCUUCAACAAUAAGACACAAAAGAUCCAGCUAUCGGAUCCGCCAGUCGAAUUCUACAAAUAUCUGAUGCCAAAGAUCGAGCCAAAUUUGGCGGCUUGGGCCACUGGAGGCAACUCUUACCUCAUUGCUACUCUAUUGGAAAGCGAGAGGGUUCCUGAGAGUGAAAGGAUGAAGAUUAAGAAGAUACUAUCGGGAAAGAGUGAACAGGCUGCAAUCAAGAGCGCUAAGCAGGCUGGGAAUAAGGGUACAGAUUUGAUAUCGAACCUGUUGAAAGGGAAAAAGUAG